UGGGAUUCCCUCUGCUGACGCACCCUCACCUCGGGGGAGCGUCUAUAAAGACGCGUUUCAAGUUGCCGGAGUCAGACUCGGGAGUGUAUCGUUUGAACGCCUCGCCAGAGAAGGGAGACGGGCUGACUGCAGGGCUGCGUGGAUGAUGGGGAAAUGGAAGGGGUCCGUGAUGCCCGUGGAUCCCCUCACUAACUCGGGAUUGCUCUGCCAGGAGUGUGGCUUCCUCCUCAUCACGCCGCAGCAGGCAGAGUGCGGGCACCGCUACUGCACGGCAUGUGUGAAGGGGCUCUUCAGGGAGACUGACAAGUUAACAUGCAGGACUUGCAAGAAAAGACUGAGCCCCAAACAGUUCCAUAGCGACAAAGCAGCAGAGAAUGACACUCUUGCCACCCAAGUUGCCUGCCCAAAUUUUGACUGUACAUGGACCGGCACCCUGAAAUCAUACCAGGAACACACCUGCCCCCCUGUGGCACACCUUGGAAUUGCAAGGAGUACAGCUUUUGCCUUUGGAGAACAAGAUGGGAAUAAAGAAAAGAAACCCCUCUGGAGUGUCAGUAGCAACACCACAGGUGUCUCUUCACUGAAUGGGGAAGCUGUCCUGCUGCGUGUGGAGGCCUUGGAGAUGAUGGUGGCAUCUCUGCGUCGGCAACUGAACAGUCAGGUAGCCGCAGUGAAGUCUGCCCAACGCUGCUGUUCCCAAUAUGAGAAGCUCCUGAAAAGCUCUCAGGAUCUGUACAAUGCCUCUAAUGGGGCCAAAGAGUCCGUACCAACGUCGCCAGAGCUGAUUAGCACCGAUGGAAUAUUGGUGUGGAAAGUGGAGAACUUUUCCAAGCUCAUGAAGGAUGCCAAAGAGGGAAAGAGGCGUUCCUUCUAUUCUCCAGCCUUUGCCACCCAUGCAUUUGGGUACCAUCUCUGUGUCCGGCUGUACCCCGAUGGCGACGGCAUUGGCAAAGGCAGCCAUCUUUCACUGUUCCUCGCCUUGGCCAAGGGGCCCUAUGAUGACAUCCUGCCCUGGCCCUUCCGGCAGAAGGUCACCUUCUCUCUCCUGGACCCUAACCGAAAGAUGCCGCCCCUGAAGGAGACCUUCCUUCCUGAUCCCCACAGCAGCUCCUUCCACCAACCCCGGGAGAUCCUCAAUGUGGCCAGUGGGAGCCCCCUUUUUGCCAGCCACAUCCAGAUCCCCAGCUACCUCAAGGAUGAUGUGCUGUACCUCAAGGUGGUGGUGGAUUUGGCAGGGAUGGAAAUGUGAGAGUGGGAGUUGAGGAGGGAGUUUCUUGUUCUGUGGUCCUCUAGCUACUCCACACCUUUUCCUCUCAGUCAACUCUUUCUGCAGCUUUAUUGUCAAAUCCUCAUCCCUUACUUCUCCACCACACCAUUUGCAUCCACUACAAUACCCCUGAGUAUUCAUCUACCUCAUGGAGUCUAACAUCUAACACAACCAUCAGUGUUCUGUGAAUCUUGGAAGAUCAACCCUUGAAAAACACUCAGGUGGAAUUUUGGGGAACUUCGGAGCCUUGCAGUGCAUUCCUAGUCCUUACAGUUAUUGACACAUUUUUGAAAACUUGCUUCUGCAGAAUACGUAGAAACUGAUGGAAGGUCUAGAUAGGCCUUACAGUGAUGAUGAAUGUAGGAUAACUUGACACAUUCAUUGGCUCCUGAACACUAUCCAUAGGUUGCAUAAUUUAUUCCAUUUGAACAAUGUGAGUAUUCUUGUUAUUCAGGGUCAGAUUCUUUAGUACAGAAUUGUUCACCUCCUUUUUGGAAGCAUGGUUCCCCUGGUGUGAAACUCCUCUCAUUUCUUCAAAGCUGAUAAUGAUUGCAUAAGCAGUAGAUGGUGAGCAAAUCAUCCUUUGAAAUGUGGGUGAGAGAUUCUAGAACUUGACACCAGGUUGCGUUUCAUCCUUGGGUGAGAGCGUUCUGCAUCACAUUAAGCAACAAAGAAGAGCUUAGUGGUAGAUAGGACCUGCUAUUUUGGGAUGUUUGGAUGGAAGAUGUUCCUGUUUUGGAGGUGAACUCAUUGCUUGUUUUCUUGUUAAGGCAUAGGGACACAAAGCACCCCAAGUUUUUUCAGAAAUACUGAACACGUACAUCUGGUCUCAGUAGUUUGACGAACAAGAUCUCUAUUUGCCAGAUGUUGUAUUUGGCUGUGUGCUUUGUACACUGAAAUGACUGUGUAAUCCAAUGUUUAAAACUGUCUGUCACUUGCAAGUCCUGCCUAGCCAUUGGCUGAGCUGCUUGGUGACACCAUGGAAUGCUCACAAGCAUUCUAACUGCUCAGGAAUAGAAAACUGGCAAACUAUGCAGUGUUUCUGAAGGUUGGAAAGAAAACUCACACAGGACCUGGUGACAGGAAGGGAUAUGUAUGGUUGGUAGAAAAGGACUGGAUAAUUAAGGAGGCUCAGAAUCUAAGCAGAAGGUAGGCUGAGAAAGUGAAGGAGCUAAGAGAUAGGGAUUCUAGACACAUGACAUCUGAAGAGUUGGUGGAGACGGUGGACAGAGCAAGCAAAAGAGUUUGGGGAAGAAUAGGUGGAGAAAUGGGAAGCCUGCAGAAAAGAAACCAAUGAAAAAAUUUCACAAGGGUCUAAUGAAAGGAGAGCCAGUGCGCCAUUGGUAAGAAGGGCACAAACAAGGUUUUAGAUUUGUUUUAUGCUGUUCAUGUGUCUUAACCUGUGUGUUUGCUGCUGCUUUUUUAAAAUGGGGUUUUCAAUGAUUUUUAUACACGUGUUAUAAUUGUGUUGCAAGCCAUCUUGGAAACUGAACAGAUUGAGAGGUGGGGAUAGAAAUAUUUCUAAUGUGUGAGUGAGCAGGCAGCUGUGCUUUGCAGUUUGAGGUGUAGGAGCCAGUGGCAGUGAUACCAAAUAGACAGGAUGAGGCCUAAAUUCCUCAUAAUGAUUAUUAAAAAUGAAACAAAACACCAGUUUUGACUACAGCUUGCUAGUGCUGCCAAAUAAGUACUUUCCCAUUCCCCUUCACCGCCCCCCCACUCCGGGCGAUCUGUGAGAGGUAAUAAUGCUGAACUGGAAGUAAUUUUAGUGUUAUUUAGCAUAUCUGAAAUGGGAGGAGCUCUUUCAGAGAAAAGAUCUGCAAUUCAUUGGAAAAGGUGCAAAGGGAGUAGAAAGAUCUUCUCUUGAUAACAACCCAGUCUAGAAUUUUGUAUUCCUGGCCACCAUAAAUGCAAAAUAUGGCUGCUGGUGGUGUGUGUGUGUGCUGUGUUGUGUUUGAGUGUUUUUCUGCUGCCCACCAGCAGGGUACGGUUGAACAUUGUAUUUUAAAAUACACAUUUAUUAUUUAUUGUUAAUCAUUUCUCUUGCACUUUUAAAGACAAAGGGCUUUGCAAUAAUCACUAAGGAAUCUGAGACAUGCUUCCUUAGACAGGACAAAAAUAAUUUCUACCUCACAUUCUGUUCAUCAACAGCAACGUAUUUAUUAUAUAAUAUGUAUGAUUUAUGCAAAUUACAAUAUUAAAUGUUAUUUAUACAAUUAAAUGUUUAUUUAUAUGAUCA